CUAUCGGCUGCGUUUGUUUACGCACGUGUUGCCGUUUUUUUUUAGUUUUAUUUAAUUAUUUAAGAAAAAAGGCAUAUAUUCCGGCCAGAAAAUGGACAGCGAGGGCGACGACUACGAGCUGACCGGCUCCGAGCAGGAGUACGAUGCGGAGGAGCGCGAGAUUCUGGAGGAUCUGCGCAAGCAGCGCAAGAAGCGCCAGCAGCAGGAUCCCGUCCAGGAAGUCCUGGCCUUCAGCGAUGAUGAGGAUGAGGAGGAUGACGACCAGGAGAAGGACGACGAUGUGGCGGAUCUGAUGCGGGACAGCGACAUCGAGGGAGCCGAGGACGACGACCGGGAUCUGCCCAACACAAUGGACUGGGGCAGCAAGCGGAGCACCUACUACAACACGGACUUCGUGGACCAGGACUACAGCAGCUACAAUGCCCAGGAGGAGGAGGAGGCGCGCGCCGAGGAGGAGGAGGCCAAGAAGAUCCAGUUGCGGCUGGCCAAGCGGCUCAGCGAGGCGGAUUUCCAGCUGGACGAUGUCGAGGCGGCGGCAGAAGGCAGCGAUGAUGAAAAGGAUAAGGAUAAGGAGGCGGUGACCAAGGUGACCACCGAUCUGACCGGUCUGACGGCCCGUGAGCGCCGUCAGCUGCUGCAAAAGGACUCCCCCGAGUUCAUUGGCCUCACCCAGGACUUUCAGAAGCAUCUAAACGAGGUCAAGGAUCUUAUAACUCCCGUUCUCAACUAUGUAAGGAACCACAACGUUCCCCUGGUGCCGGCCCUCAAGUACGCCAGCCUCUAUCACACCACCCUGACCACCUACUGCUCCAACGUGGCCUUCUAUCUGCUGCUGAAGGCGCGCCGGAGCAGCGUCAAGUUCCAUCCGGUGGUCAAGCGGCUGGUGCAGCUCAAGCAGCUGGUGGAGCAGCUAGCGCCGCGCUACGAGGAGUACAUACGGCCGCAGCUGGAGGCGCUGCUGGAGCGGAUACAGGACGGCGAUGCCUUCACUGUGCUGGAUGUGGCGCAGCGCAAGGCCAAGCUGCAGAUCUUGAACAAGUACGGAAAUGGGGAGGAGGCGGAAGAGAGCGAGGAUGAUGAGGAGGAGGAGGCGGAGAAGGAUGAAAAGGAGCUAGAUGGCGAGGAGGAGGAGGAUCAAGAGGACCCAGAGCUCGCGCGACGCGGCAUCACCUACCAGAUGGCCAAGAACAAGGGCCUCACGCCGCACCGCAAGAAGGAGCUGCGCAAUCCGCGCGUCAAGCACCGCGGCAAAUACCGCAAGGCGCUCAUCCGGCGCAAGGGAGCCGUGCGCACGGUGCGCAAGGAGCUGCAGCGCUACGGCGGCGAGAUGUCCGGCAUCAAGGCCUCCGUCACCAAGAGCGUCAAGUUCCGCGUUUAAAAUCUAAAUCUAAAUCUAAAUAAAUCAAAUCAAAUAAUUUUUUCUUUUUAA